AUGGCCGCCUCACAGGAAGAUGUAAACCGUCUCUGCGACCACCUCAAGCAAGUCUUCGCCGUGUCUGACACCGCCUUCAAAGAGCUGCAAGCCAAAUACGACGAGGCAGCAAACGAGAUUGUGGCGCUUAAGACCACAGAGGCCUCCCAGAAUGCAAGAAUUGGCGAAUUAGAAGCCAAGAUUGUCGAGCUGCGCGCCCUGGCCGGGGUCAAACUACACGGCACCAUCAACAUCAGCGGCCAGCUGCCCCGCGGCGCAAUCGACAUCACCGAGCACCUAUUGAGCGACAAGGCCUGCGAGCAGUACGAUCACAAGAUCGUAUGGAAAUACCCAAAGCAAGCAGCAUACAUAUGGCGUGGCGUGUGGGUUGAGCUGUACACUGACAGCGGACAUGGGGUGUUGAAGGAAGUGGACGAGAAGGUGUGGGCGAAGUGGCUGCGGGAGGGGACGGAAUUUGGCAUGGAGGAGUUGAAGGUACGGGUGAUGAUUAUGGUGGGAAGGGACCGGAGUGCCAUGGAUGUGCUUCGUCGUGCUGAAGUCCCCCUCAAUAUGGGAGUCGAGCUGGUCAAUGGCGGCAUUCCGUUGUUUCGAGAGGAGAGACGUUAG